ACAAAGUAAGGUAUGAUCAAAUGGUUCAUCCCACUUCUCUUCAAUGAAAAAUUGCACUGUUUAUAUCAUACAUAUUAACCUCCGUUUAAUUCAUUACUUUCUUCGUUCAUGUUUGCUGUUUCACACUCGAAAUUUGAAAAAUGUCACGUAAAUUGAGAUACGAAGAGUCGGAAUAGUAAUAUGUAACCAGCAUCCAAACAGAGUGUAGACACAGCUCACUCACCCAGAAAUUCUGCAAUUUUGUCACUGAGAAAAACACCAAAAUCGUCCAUCUCUCAUUCACUCAUCAACAAGCUUUUUUCUUCUUCUUCUUCAAUGGCUACUUUAGCUAGACCCACCAUCAUCAAUGACCUUCCUGAUGUGAUCCUUUCUAACAUUAUCGCCGCCGUCUCCGACGUUCGCAGCCGGAACACCGCCGCACUUGUCUGCCGGAAAUGGCUCGUCCUUGAACGAGCCACGAGAACUUCCCUCACUCUCCGUGGUAACAUCCGUGACCUUUUCAUGUUACCCACUUGCUUCCGAUCUGUUACCCAUCUCGACCUCUCACUCGUUUCUCCUUGGGGACAUCCCCUCCUAUCUCCACGCGCCACCGCCUCCAGCGACGAUGCUGAUUCCGUCCUCAUCGCACACCUCCUCCGCCACGCUUUUCCUAUAGUUACUUCGCUCAUUGUCUACGCACGUAACCCACAUACCCUCCAGUUUUUGCCAGUUCAGUGGCCUCAACUUAAGUAUAUUAAGCUUGUUCGUUGGCAUCAGAGGCCUCAAUUAGCUAGUGGGGAUGAAUUCAACUUGCUGUUUCAAGGAUGCCCGCAAUUGGGUUCGCUUGAUUUAUCUACUUUUUACUGUUGGACUGAUGAUAUUCCUCCCGCUCUUGAAUUGAAUCCUCUUGUAGCUGGUAAUCUAACAGUGUUCAAUCUGAUGAAUGCUUCGUUUUCGGAAGGUUUUAAGACGGAUGAGAUAAGAGUAAUAACGAAAUGUUGUCCUAAUUUGAAAGAGUUGAAAAUUGCUUGUAUGUUUGAUCCUAUGUACAUUGGGUUUGUUGGGGAUGAAGCUUUGGUUUGUAUAUCUAUCAAUUGCCCCAAAUUAACAGUGCUUCAUUUAGCGGAUACGUCUACUUUGUCUAAUUGCAGGGCUGAUCCAGAUGAUGAGGGGUUUACGACUGACGAUGCGAAAUUUACUGUUUCAACUUUGAUUGAGGUAUUUUCGGGUCUUUCCUUACUUGAAGAGCUUGUAUUAGAUGUUUGUAAUAAUGUUAGAGAUAGUGGUCCUGCUCUGGAAAUACUGAACACAAAAUGUCCCAAGUUGAGAUCUUUGAAGUUGGGGCAAUUUCAUGGCGUUUCUAUGCCAAUCGGGUCGAAGUUGGAUGGAGUUGCGCUUUGUCAGGGGCUUAAAUCGUUGUCGAUUAGAAAUGUAGGUGAUUUGGAUGAUAUGGGGUUGAUAGCAAUUGGUAGAGGGUGUUCAAGAUUAACAAAGUUUGAGAUUCAAAGUUGUAAGAAGAUCACGAUGAGAGGAAUGAGGACGCUAGCUUCUUUGCUUUGGAAAAGUCUGGUUGAUGUCAGGAUAUCUUGCUGCAAGAAUCUUGGAGCCUCUUCUUCGUUGAAAGCAUUGGAACCAAUACAAGAACGUAUCCAGAGGCUUCAUAUUGAUUGUGUGUGGGAUAGUGUUGAAGAAAUUGAAAAUCUUAAUGGUGUUGAAUACGGAUUUGAUCUCAAUAAGACCAAUGGAGGCGAGGCAUCAACUCAUCCUAAUGGAUCUGGGGACACAUUUGGAUCCAUGGAUGAUGAUAUCGUGUUUAACAGGAAUAAACGAUGCAAGUAUGGUUAUGAUCUUAAUAGUGUUUGCAUGGAAGACAAUGGCCAUGGGAAUGGUUUUGGUGGACGGACAUGGGACCGGCUGCAAUACCUCUCACUUUGGAUUGGUGUCGGUGAUCUUUUAACUCCUUUAGCAGCUGCAGGUCUUGAACAUUGUCCUAACUUGGAGGAGAUCAAGAUUAGAGUGGAAGGAGAUUGCAGGCUAUGGUCAAAACCUUCAGAGAGGGCAUUUGGAUUGAGCACCCUUUUGCGGUACCAUAAACUUGUGAAGAUGCAUUUGGAUUGUGGAGAUAUCAUAGGUUACGCACACACUGCCCCGUCGGGGCAGAUGGAUUUGAGCUUAUGGGAACGGUUUUAUCUCUUUGGUAUUGGAACUUUGAAUCUCAGGGAGCUUGAUUACUGGCCACCACAAGAUAGAGAUGUUAAUCAAAGGAGUCUAUCCCUCCCAGCAGCUGGGCUGCUCCAAGAAUGCAUCACACUCAGAAAGUUGUUCAUCCAUGGAACGGCACAUGAACAUUUCAUGAUGUUCCUGCUUAGAAUCCCAAACCUACGAGAUGUACAGCUGAGAGAAGAUUACUAUCCGGCACCAGAGAAUGACAUGAGUACUGAAAUGAGGUCAGACUCCUUGAGCCGCUUUGAAGCGGCUCUAAACAGACGACAAAUUUGUGAUUGAUGCAAGGAACAUAUUACAUUGUUCAAUUUCCAUUGUCUAAGGUUUUAUUCCUGAUUCAUUCAAGGAACAGGUACUGUUAUGCAACUUCCCUAUAUGCCCCUGUUGUCAUAGAUUAUAUUCCUGCAAUAGUAUUGUUGUCAUAUUUAAUAUCCAGAUCUUCUGUAUAGUUUUACACAUCAGUUAAAUUACGCAUUUUGAAUAAAAAAUAUGAUCAACUUUGGGUGUAAUUUGAGUGAAAAUGGAUGUCUGAACUCUACUUUUGAUCCGCAAAGGAUGAGCAUUUUUGUA